AUGCCUAUGCAUUUGCUGCUUCCUCUGCCAAAAACGCAUCCCUCCCCUUGGCUGCUAGGAAACCCUCACUUAGAAGUCAGGACUAAGCACACAGAAAAAGCAUCCUCUCUGAUCGCACUCCAAACAGAAUUCAAGGUCUUCUUCUCUGGGCUACUCUGUGCAUUCCUGCGCAUUCUUGAUCACCCUGCUCAGACAUGUGACACCCCCUUCCCUAUUUCUUUCCAUAGUACUCUUCAGCAUCAGACAUGCUCUAUGGUUAUUAUUCACUCUUUGUCUCCCCUGCCAGAAUAUAAGACUCGUGAUGUUGGUCUGUUGUAUUUACUGCUAUUGGACAGUGCUUGGCACAUAGUAGGUGCUCAAUUAGUAUUUUCUGGAUGA